UUUGUUUAAAAUUGCAUUGGGUACUUAGUUUGAUAAAAAAUAAAAAAUAAAUCAAAAAAAAAGCAAAUGAUUGGCAAGUGAAAUGAGCGAUGAUCGAGCCAGAUGGGAUGUGAUGGGGGAUUUGCGGAAGACAACGCUCGGUUCGUCUUGCUCGCCUUUGUACUCUCGGCUUACAUGCUCGUGGGUGCGUUUAUCUUCCAGAGGCUGGAGUCCGAUCUCGAGUUAAACCAGGCGGCCGAGUUCUGGAAGGUGUACCAUGCAUUUCGCCGGCACCACAUGCGCGGCAGCUCGCAAGCCCUUCAACGGCUGCACGAGCUGCUCUACGCUUACGGCAACGCCUCGGCCAUUGGUAUAAUCAACAAACGCCGUCGUUGGGACUUUGCUGGCAGCUUCCACUUUGUCGGCACCAUCGUCUCGACCAUCGGCUACGGGAGCACGGCUCCCCAAACGAGUGCCGGCAAGGCGGCCGUCAUUGUCUACGGGUUCUUCGGCUGCUCCGGCGGCAUACUCUUCUUCAAUCUCUUUCUGGAGCGAAUAAUCACCUUCCUCGCGUGGAUCCUGCGUAGCUUGCACCUGAGACGGCUCAAGAGGCGCCUACGCCAGACAACCUUGGCGAGCUCGAGGAGGAUUCCCCGCAGCUCAGGAACCAAGGAUGGAAAGACCCUGCCGGACAUCGUCGACGACGACGAAGACGACAUCGGCCUGGAGCAUUGGAAGCCGAGCGUCUACUGGGUGAUGCUGUACUUGUCGUUGGCCUCGUGCGCCGUCGCCUGCACCGCAGCGGCCCUCUACGCGACCCUCGAGGAUUGGGACUACCUGGAGGCCCUCUACUUCUGCUUUGUGAGCUUCGCGACCAUCGGCUUCGGCGACUACGUCAGCAUGCAGAGGCCCCAGUAUCCCUACGUUCACUUGUACAGGUUCGCCAACUUCAUGUUCCUGGUGAUCGGCUGCUGUUGCAUUUACUCUCUGCUCAACGUGACGUCGAUUGUCAUAAAGCAGGGCUUGAACUGCGUCAUUGACAAGUUGAACUGUCGCAACCGCUCCAUAAAAUUGCCCAGGAGGAGGUCGUCGGUGUCGGCGAUCUACUACGCCAAGCGGAGGCCCGCGAGGUUGGUGUCCCGAGACGCGGUGUACACCAUACCGAGGCGCAUGUCCGGGGAGCUCAUCUCGAUGAAGGAGUUCCUCUCGGCCAACAAGGUCUCGCUAGCCGUGAUGCAGAAGCAGCUCUACGAGACGGCCAACAUGCAGUACCAGGUGCCGGCGAGCCCCGUCCUGCCGAGCUUGCCCCUGCCGACGAUAAGCCCGCACCACCCCCACAACGGGGGCCCCGGUCUCGUGGGGCCCCUAGCCAUCGCCAGCGAGAAACUCGAGUCUUCGAACACUUGCAAGCCCAACUGCCGGUAAAUGCAAGCCUAUACAUCAACGCGCUCUCGCCGUGUCUCCACGCUCGGUUUGGAAACCCCGAUGGGUAAUUUUUGUUUGCGAUUUGCGUCGAUGCGCGUGAAUCCGUACAUGGAUUUUUGAUAAAAAAAAAAAAAAAAAA